AGGGAAGGGCAGUGAGACGGGAAAACAAGCUGCGUGUAGCUGUGUGGUGGUUUCGUGUUUGUGCUCGCUUGGCGUCCCCCAGUUGACGUCAGUCCAGUGCUGUUCUGUCGGUGUGAAAGGUUUGUUGUUCGUUGCUCUCGUGGCGUUUUGUCUGGUGCUGUGGUUAAAGUAUGCCCAAACACGUACUAAACAAUACCGACAAUAAUGUCGAAUUUAUUGGUAACUUUCGACCUCCGGAAAGAAGUACAAGGGAGAAGAUAAAGUUGCUGCUGUACAAUCGUGAAACAGGCGCCGUUUUAGGAAGAACGGGGACGAGCUGGGCCAAGAUUGGUUUGUUCUACCUGAUUUUCUAUGGAAUCCUCGCUGGUCUCUUUAUCGUCUGCCUCUGGGUAUUCUACCAGACUUUGGAUCCCAGGAUUCCAUCGUGCAAACUUAGCAGUUCCCUCAUAGGAACUUCGCCAGGCCUUGGAUUUCGGCCCAGCCCUCCGAUGGACAACGUUGAAAGUACUCUGAUUUGGUAUAAAGGAACAGACCCUGAACAGUACCAAUACUGGACGAAAAACUUGGAGAAGUUUCUCGAAGUGUACAGGAAGCCAGGUCUGACCCCAGGCCGAGGUCAGAACAUCUACAACUGCGAUUAUGACAAACCCCCAAAUGAGAAUCAAGUAUGUGACGUCAUUGUUAAGAACUGGGAUCCGUGUACUCAAGAAAACAACUUCAACUAUCACAAAUCUGCACCUUGCAUCUUCAUCAAAUUAAAUAAGAUCUAUGACUGGAGACCAGAAUUCUACAAUGACACUAACAACUUGCCAGAGAAGAUGCCAAGAGAUCUCAAAGCUCACAUUGGCAUGCUAAAGACGGAACGUCCUUCUUGGCUGAACACAAUCUGGGUGAGCUGUGAAGGCGAGAGCCCGGCGGAUGUGGAAAAUAUUGGACCAAUUACUUACAUCCCCACGCGAGGAUUCCCCGGUUACUUCUAUCCUUACAAGAACUCCGAGGGCUACCUCAGCCCUGUGAUGGCUAUUCACUUUCAGAGACCAAGAACUGGUAUCCUGAUCAACAUUGAAUGCAAGGCCUGGGCUCGCAACAUUAUUCAUGAUCGCCAAGAGAGAGUCGGCAUAGUUCACUUUGAGUUGAUGAUUGAUUUCUUGGCCGCCAACUGGCUGUGCGCGGUUCACCUUCACAUUCUGUGUCGUGCCCCUCCAGUCUUUGCAGCAUCAGAAGAAAUGUCGAAGGAUGUGGGGAACAUCAAAGAUGGUGGGGUCGUAUAUCAAGAAAAUGAGCCCGCUAAACCGGUGACCUGUAAGGAUUUCUUGUACGAUCCUGAUAGAGGGAGCGUUCUGGGAAGAACUGGCGCUGAGUGGAUAAGGAUCGUCGCCUUCUACCUAAGCUUCUACAUUGUCCUCGCCAUCUUCUUUGCGCUGUACUUUUGGUUGUUCAUGAAGACGAUCAGUUACGAUGGUCCGAAAUAUUAUCUCGACGACUCGGUGAUUGGAACAUCGCCAGGUCUUGGAUUUCGUCCCCUGUCGGAGGUGCACGAAGGGAGCUCUCUGAUAUGGUACAAUACGAGUUCCGAGACCAGCCACAAGAACUGGACCAUGAGCCUAGACAAAUUUCUGGAAGGAUACAAGAAUCGAACAGUUGGCUCGAAUAUUGUUGGGUGCGACUACGGCAAUAAACCGGGAUACGGCGAAGUGUGCGCCGUGGACGUGGAUACUUGGAAGCCGUGCACGUCUGCGAACACCUUCGAUUACCUUAACAGCUCACCGUGCGUCUUCAUUAAACUCAACAAGAUCCUGAAGUGGGAACCAGAUUAUUUCAGAAAUGCAAAUGACCUACCAAAUGAAAUGCCUGAAGAUCUGAAAAAUCAUAUUAAAAAGAAGGAGAAGGAGGACCCCAAGUUUCUGGACACAGUCUGGGUGAGUUGUGAGGGCGAGAACCCUGCAGACAAGGAGUUCAUUGGGGCGGUCGAAUACAUCCCUUUUCAAGGAUUUCCAGGCUACUUCUAUCCAUUCCUAGGCGUGGAAAACUACGUCAGUCCGCUGGUUGCUGUGCACUUUAAAAAUAUUACAAGGAAUGUUCUUGUGAACGUGGAAUGCAGGGCGUGGGCUCACAACAUAGAGCACAGUCGACGUGAUCGAAUUGGACUCGUUCACUUCGAGCUAUUAAUCGAUUAGUUAAGUGCCUGGACUUGAAAGCUGCCGUAGAAUAUUUGAAGAUGCUUUCCAGUUUAUUUUGGCACUUGGGGGGGAAGAAUUAUAGAGAAAACAAAUCUGGUAGUAGGAUAAAGUUGGAGGCACUGACUCUGAUGAUUCAGUGUUGCAAACUUAUGAGUUUUAUCCCUACACUCGUUAUUAUUCAGUGCAUUUUUUCGUGAACUCUUAUGAAAUGUAACUUAGAUUUUAAAACUCUUUUUUUUUUUGCAAGUAUAAAAGACGCGAGUACAGACAAACAAUUUGGUGAUUGUAUUAAGGGUUUUUUGGUAAACGUGAAUGUAAAUUGUUUUCAAAGAACCUGCCAAUAUUCUGAUAACUUAAUUUAUAUCUUCGGCCUUAGGAACAAACCAAAAUUUUAGAGAACACUGAAGUUGCCAUUUUCAGGGUAAAUGUCUCUUAGGGUUCAGAAAGCACUGGGCAGUGGGGGGGGGUCGUGAUCAGACGCAAAUAGGAGCAGUAUGUUGUCCAGUAGGAAGCAAAAGUUGUUAAGGAAACGAGGCGAUGAGGAAACAUUUCGAGGACCAAUUAGUCAGGUAAAGAGAUAAUGAUUUAUCUCUCAACAAAAAUCACGUCAUCUCUGAAAAUACGGUCUUCAAUAAGCCACAGUAGUUUAGCUUAAUUAUUACUGAGAGUCUUACAAAUUUCUACCAGACUAAAUGGCACAACGUCUUCAUACUUGCCACCAUGAAAACUUGAAACUUCUCUUACGUAUGAUACUUUUUUUUUUAAUGAUACUGAUUUUGAUGAACAGUGGAACGAAUAUUUGCAGAAGAAAAUCACUGAAGUCGAACUCCAGGAAAUAAUUGUCCAUAAUAAUUAGCAGAAAGGUGAAAUCAAUCACUGAGCCAUUAUGUUGGCAACAAUAAAUAUAAUUGCAAAAUGCCACA